ACACUCUCAUAAAUGAUCCUCCUCUUUAGUCUUUACACACACACUCACACCCAAUCCCUCACUUGAGCCACGUGCAGCGACGCUGCGUUUCACCCCACUCCGCACGUGGCACUAUUCCACAACCGAUGCUCUAAAUCAUUCACCUACUCCUCUCACCACAGAACAGAAUCCUCAAUUCCAUUUCCCACACAAACACUUGAAUAACAAACAACACACCAAAUUAACACAUUCAUUUUUAACUUCACUUCACAUCACAAUCUCAUGCCAAAUCAAAACCAUGUCUGACCCUUCCACCACCCCAUUGCCACCUCCGCCGCUCUUGCCCUCUCCCCACCACCUCAUCCAGGGCGGCGCAACCGCAUCCUCCUCCUCCUCCCUCGCCAGAGAGUACCGCAAGGGAAACUGGACCAUCCAAGAGACGCUCAUCCUCAUCACCGCCAAGAAACUCGACGACGAGCGCAGACUCAAAACCUCACACGACCCCACCAGAGCUGCAUGUUCCACCACCGCCAGAACCAGCGGCGAACUACGGUGGAAGUGGGUAGAGAACUAUUGCUGGAGCCACGGUUGCUUGAGAAGCCAGAACCAAUGCAACGAUAAAUGGGACAACCUCCUCCGCGAUUACAAAAAGGUUCGCGACUACGAAUUCAAACAACAACAAUCCAACGAAAAACACUUCCCUUCUUAUUGGAACCUCAACAAACAACAACGUAAGGAACACAAUCUCCCCUCCAACAUGGUCUUUGAUGUCUACCAAGCCAUCACCGAAGUCCUUCAAAGAAAACAAACCCAACCACAAGCCCAAACUCAAAGACAACCUGCGGUUACAUUAGUUACUUCCUCACCUCUUCAAACACUGCCACCACCUCCACCUCCACCUCCACCUCCGCCUCCGCCGCCACCACCACCACCUCCUCCGCCGGUUAGUUCCGCCACGCAGGCAGUUUCAGAGAGGUCGGAAUCAUCUGGCACUGAGCACAGUGAGGAUGAUGAUGGGUCGGAAUCUAAACGAAGGAAAGUAAAGAAUCUUGGUUCAAGCAUAAUGCGAAGUGCAUCGGUGCUGGCACGAGCUCUAAGGAGUUGUGAGGAGAAGAAGGAGAAACGACACCGUGAACUGAUCGAACUUGAACAAAGGCGGAUUCAGAUGGAGGAGGCUCGCAACGAGGUUCACCGGCAAGGCAUCGCCACCCUUGUGGCCGCCGUGACAAACCUUUCCGGUGCCAUUCAGUCACUCAUUAAUUCUGAACGCCAUGGCCAAAGAUAAUCAAUUAAUAUGCAAGAUAAAAUAAUAAUAUAUAUAUGCUUCCUAGCUAGCUAGUUUAUUAUAUUAUUAUUAUUAUUAUGUGAUUGAUCAGAAAAUCAUAUAAUUGAUAUUCAUCGGUCAUUCUUUACCUCUUAAAAUUCAAUUGUUGUUUAAUAUUGUUGAGUCAAUUUCGUCACCAAUUGAUAUAUGUUAGCAGCUGAUAUGUGAUUGAUCAUCCGUGUAUGUUCCAUUCUUUGAUGGAGAUCAAACCGAGCCCUAACAUUAAUUGUUUAUUGAGA